ACCGUAACUCUCAAAAUGGUAGAAAAUGAAGGUUUUCGAAGAACUAAGCACAUAGAUCAUUUCAUUCAAGAAUGUGUUGAUGGUGAAGUAGUCUGUUUAGAGUACAAGCCUUCAACAAACUUAGAGGCAGACCUGUUUACUUGCCUAAGGCAAAGAACCACAAUGAGGGCUCGGAUGCCCCGAUGUCGACUAUUUUCCACCCGUAUCUUGGCAAUUUUGUUCCUAGUGCUUGCGCUUGGUGCUUAUUGUUACUACAGUGCACCAUCAUCUACUAAAACAGCUAACAGCUUGAUCAGCGGCGAGGACAUAGAACCUCGGUCACCAACGAUCAUCCGAAGCACAUCGGUCCGAAAGGCGCAAAAAGCGCCAGUGGUCGAGGAAUGUCCUUUACUGAAAGAGAGUGCAGCCGAUAUCGACACUGUAUCUACGUAUCCAUCAUUUGAUUUUCAACCCAGUUGGUUGCGCACUAAGGAGUUUUGGGAUAAAAGCUUCGAAGAUCGAUAUGAAAAAUAUCGUAAUGACAGUCGACGGCCGAUGUUAAAGGUUAUAGUGGUACCGCAUUCACAUAACGACCCAGGAUGGCUGAAGACGUUCGAACAAUACUUCGAAAUAAAAACUAAAAACAUCUUAAACAACGUUGUUACGAAGCUUGAUCAGUACUCCAAUAUGACUUUUAUAUGGACUGAGAUAUCUUUCCUCAACGCCUGGUGGGAACGAUCCCACCCUAUCAAGCAAAAAGCUCUCAAAAAGCUGAUCAAAGAAGGCAGGGUUGAAAUUACUGCAGGCGGCUGGGUGAUGCCUGAUGAAGCUUGCUCCCACAUAUACUCUAUUAUUGAUCAGUUCAUUGAAGGCCAUGAAUGGGUUAAAAACAAUCUAGGUAUAAUACCGAAAACUGGAUGGUCUAUCGAUCCCUUUGGUCAUGGACCCACAGUGCCUUAUAUGCUGGACAAAAGUGGCCUUGAGGGAACCAUCAUCCAAAGAAUUCACUACGCGUGGAAGCAGUGGCUCGCUAAACGCCAAAUCGAGGAGUUCCACUGGAUGCCAGGAUGGUCUAGUAAGAAGCCAUCUCUCAUCGUUCACAAUAUGCCUUUCGACAUUUAUUCCAUAAAAGCGUCGUGCGGCCCACAUCCGUCCGUUUGCUUGAGCUACGACUUCAGGAAGAUUCAAGGAGAGUACUCUGAAUACACCGCGAAGCAUGAAGAAAUAACUGAACAAAAUCUCUACCCUAAGUCCAAGACUUUGAUAGAGGAGUACGGGCGCAUAGGUUCAUUAACUCCACAUAACGUCGUGCUAGUUCCCUUGGGUGAUGACUUUCGAUACGAAUAUAGCGCUGAAUUUGACUCGCAAUAUAACAAUUACAUGAAGAUGUUCAAUUACAUUAACGAUCAUAAAGACUUAUUUAAUGCCGAAGUUAAAUUCGGAACGCCUCGCGAAUAUUUUGAUGCAGUAAAAGAGCGACAGAAGUCUGUCCCUACAUUGAAAGGUGACUUCUUUGUGUACUCGGAGAUAUUUAGCGAAGGAAAACCUGCAUAUUGGUCGGGUUAUUAUACAACAAGACCUUAUAUUAAGAUUUUGGCUCGGCAGCUUGAACACCAACUGAGAACUUCAGAGAUUCUAUUUACACUGGUGUCGAAUCAUGUUAAGCAACAGAAAAACCCGAAGCUGGUAGCUUCAGAGAAAAGACUGGAAAAAUCUUAUGAGCAACUUAUAAAUGCUAGGAGAAAUUUAGGCCUGUUUCAGCACCACGAUGCUAUAACAGGUACUUCCAAAGCGAGUGUUAUGUACGACUAUGGCAGUAAAUUGUUCGCCAGCCUCUAUCAUUGCAUACGCAUACAAGAGGCGGCGUUAGCGAUCGUUACGUUGCCCAAUUCAACCCUACACUCUCAGAAUAUAAUUCAGAGUGAAACCGAAUUUGAAACGUACGGAAAGUCGCCCAAAAAACUUAAACUUAUGUUUUUUGACACGAAAAAAAUUAUUCUAUUCAAUCCUUUAGCUCAAGCCAGAACUGAAGUGAUCAAUGUAAGAACAAAUACAACAAAUGUUAGGGUAUUGGACAUGCGAACAAAUGAAUACGUCCAAUAUCAAAUUUCACCAAAUAUAGAUGUUCGCGAAGACGGCCGACGAACAAUAAGUGAUAAAGAUUUCGAUUUAUUGUUUGUUGCGACGUUGCCAGCACUUACUGCAGUUACUUUCCAUCUGGAAGUACACAUGAACACGUCGCAACGCAGUAUAGUGUUUUGCAACAACUGCCAAGAUCAAAAUUCUAAGACAGAGCGAGAGGAUGUUUUUACUUUCAAAAAAAUGAUGCCUGGCGACAUACAGCUCGAGAACUCUGUUUUGAAACUACUGAUAAAUAGAAACACAGGGUUUUUGAGACAGGUGUACAGAAAAGACAUAAAGAAAAAACACAUCGUUGAUAUCCAAUUUGGUGCAUAUCAGAGUGCACAAAGACAUUCCGGGGCUUAUCUGUUUAUGCCCGAUUACGAUGCUCCAGAAAAGAAUGUUUUACUGCAGUAUGCGAACUGGAACAGUCUUUACGAUGAUAACAUAAUUAUCGUAUCUGGGCCAAUAUCAACGGAAAUAACUACGAUGUACAUGCCGUUCUUAGUUCACACGGCUAGGAUAUACAACGUCAAUGACGAGGCUCUCUCACAUGGAGUUCUCUUUGAAACUGUUGUGGACUUUGAAAGCCCUCCUAAGAAUAGAGAAACUGAGCUAUUUAUGCGUAUUCAAACGGACAUUCAAAAUGGAGAUAUUCCAGAAUUUUACACUGAUCAAAACGGCUUUCAGUACCAGAAGCGAGUAAAAGUCACCACACUAGGCAUAGAGGCUAAUUACUACCCGAUAACUACAAUGGCGUGGUUGCAGGAUGAAGACACUCGUUUGACGAUGAUAACGAAUCAUGCCCAGGGCGCCGCUUCAUUCGAACCUGGCCGUAUAGAACUCAUGCUCGAUCGUCGAACGUUGUACGACGACUAUAGAGGGAUUGGAGAGGGCGUUGUCGAUAAUAGGCCAACGGUGUUCCAUAACUGGAUGUUGCUCGAAUCGAUGUCACCUCUAACGAGGCGAAAACGAGAGGCGAGUGAACAACAGUUUAUAUAUACGAAGGAACGACAUUUUAGCCCUGACCAGAAAGAGUCCGUGUAUCAACUACCUUCACAUGCUGCCGAGUAUCUAAGUAAAACGCUCAAUUACCCUGUUAAUAUUUACAUGUUAGACACAAGUGAAGUUGGGGAGGUUGUAGUUAAUUCGCAUAAUAGCUUUGUUGAACAGUUUCCCACUGGUAUUCACCUGGUGACGUUGCGUACUAUCACGGACGACAUCUUGGAGCAAUUCCCCAGUUCCUCUUGUUACAUGGUGUUGCAAAGACCUGGAUAUAGUUGUUCCGUGGGUAACACAACGUCCACAAAAUCGUCUAUUUUCUCUCCGAACACUGCAUUCAAAGGCGUUAAUAUAACCGAUUUGACUUCAGUAUCACUGACUGGCCUAAAAACGUACCGCUCAUUAGCCGAAAUGACUGAAAUCGAGCUGGAGCCUAUGGAAGUGAAAACCUAUAAAGUGCAGUUCUAAAGACUGUUAGGUUUAAGAAUAAUAUAUAUUUAUAAUUAAUUUUAUAUCAACAUCAACAGAAGUCUCAGAACGUGAUUUUAUUGAGCAUAAUUUUAUUGAUAGUGAGAAGGGUAUGAUGCGGUAUUACAAGUAGGUCGUAUUUUUUGUUGCGACUUACUUGGAUAAUGCGAGAAGUGUUACCGGCGUUAUACGAUAUUGAAAGAAUGGAGAAGUAUUAAUUUAUUUAAAGCGAGCAGGAACUGACCGGUCCUGCCCCUUCCUAUCAACAAAUCAUUUAUCAGUGCAAUUUAGAUGUACCUACAAAGCUACCUCAGAAUCAAAAGUUAAUGUCAUUGAAACAUUAGUUUAGUUGAAAUAUUAGUCUCGAUGUUGAAAUUCUAAUUCUUCUAUCUCCAACUUUUAAGCAAAGUACCUGCAAUCAAUUUGCAUAAGUUUAAUGUAGAAAAACAACGAAUUCUGAAUUAAUUUGUAUGAACAUAGUUAAACAAUUGGUGUUUGCAUACAGCUAA